AUGGCUGCGCUGGCUCGGAGCGUGCUGGUGACAGGGUCCAACCGGGGCAUUGGACUGGAGCUUGUGCGGCAGCUCGCCGCCAGCCCCCGCCCCCCCCAGCACAUCUUUGCCACCUGCCGCGACCCCAAGGGUCCAAGAGGGAAGGCCCUACAAGAAUUAGCUGCCCAGCACUCCAGCAUCAAACUGGUCCAGCUAGACACAGUGAAUUUGCCCAGCAUCCAAGGGGCCAUGCAGGCUGUGGGCUAUCAUCUGAAGGACCAAGGCUUGAACCUCCUCAUCAACAACGCAGGCAUCAGCUCCCACGCCACACUGCAGUCCCUGGACUCGCAGGAGAUGCUCGAUGUGUUUGCCACCAAUGUGGUUGGACCACUCCAGGUUGUGAAGGAAUUUCUGCCACUCCUGGAGCAAGCGGCGAAGGGUGCAGGGAAGGAGGGUCUGAGCUGCAGCCGGGCUGCUGUCAUCAACAUCUCCAGCAAACUGGGCUCCAUCGGGCUGUGCCUCAGGGUGCCAGAGGCCCCCAUGUACCCGUACCGGGCCAGCAAGGCUGCCCAGAACAUGGUGACGAGGUGCUUGGCUGCGGAACUCCAGGUCAAGGGGAUCUUGUGCAUGGCCAUCCAUCCUGGCUGGGUGAAGACUGACAUGGGCACAGAGGAGGCACCGCUGACAGUGGAGCACAGCGUGAGGGGCAUCCUGACUGUGCUGGCCAGCCUCUCACAGGACACCUCCGGAACCUUUCUCGACUGGGAAGGGAACAGCCUGCCCUGGUGAGGGGAAAAUGGACAGCACCUCUUGCCCAUGCUGGAGCCUCUGCUCGCUGGCUCAUCACCCUGCAUGGUCAGCCCUGUUCACCCUCAGCCCUCCCCACACUGCCGGGGAGAGGGAAUCAGUUUGGGAAACAGCCUCUCCUUUCCCAUGCCAUGUGUUCCCUGUGGUCCCUCUGUACCCCCACCUCUGUAAACUCUGGCAGCUGAUGCCUCUCUGC